AAAAAGACAAAUAUCUUAAUUUUGCAUGGAAGACAGAGGUAACAUUUUAUGAGAUGGUAGUAUUACUCACAAUGUAUUAACUUCCAGCCCUCACUAUAAGACCAUCCUUUUGGGUGCAGUGAUGCGUCACAUCCUGUUCUGCAACACUUUUGCAGUAUGCCGUCAAUCGUCGUGAUAUCUGUGACUAUUUGGAUUGGGUUACGGCGAUGGACCAACCAAUGACAACCGUGAAAAGUAUUUGGCAGCCCCGUACAUAAGGAACGAAAUCAUUUUCACCAAUCACCAUCAGCCUUUUAUAACGGGACGAAGUGCACUAACCAAUCGAACACGGCAACGGAAGCAAAACGCAAACGGAUUUGUUGUGGUUUUUUGUUGUCUUGGGUACUUUUUACUGUACUGUACUAAUCCUUAGUUAUAUUUUUUCUCUGUAUUGUCUGGAACUGUUCUCUUGAUUUCACCGGUAUAUAAUAAUUAAAGUGAAAGCAAUGAGCUUGCCAUUGAGGACUGAGCUUGGCGCUGACAGGACAAAAAGAAAAAAGAGGAGAGAGCUGACUGAGGAACAGAAGCAAGAAAUAAAAGAGGCUUUUGAGCUGUUUGACACUGACAAAGACAAAGAGAUCGAUUACCACGAACUGAAGGUCGCAAUGAGGGCUUUGGGUUUCGAUGUGAAGAAAUCGGAUGUGCUGAAGAUACUUAAAGACUACGAUCGGGAAGGAAGCGGGAAAAUUACAUUUGAUGAUUUUAAUGAAGUUGUCACGGAGAAGAUGCUGGAGCGGGAUCCUCAGGAGGAGAUCAUGAAGGCCUUCAAGCUGUUUGACGACGACGACUCGGGCAAGAUCAGCCUAAGAAACCUGCGGCGGGUAGCGAGGGAGCUGGGCGAGAAUAUAUCAGACGAGGAGCUGCGAGCCAUGAUCGACGAGUUUGACACGGACGGGGAUGGGGAAAGUACGGGCACUCCGCCGGAUCGGGAUCGGGAACGGGAUCAAGAUCCAGAUCCACGCCGGAUAGAAACUAAACCAGGAGGAGUUUAUUUCCAUAAUGACGGGAGACUCGUAAGGCAGAGGAGGCGUCAGCAUCACGGAUCUGUGUGACCACCGUAUCCUGGUUUUGCUGCAUUUCUGAUAGCAAAGCCGGGACCGCUACAGCUGUCUCGCAUGGAUAAUUCCUGAGCCGCGGACAGGCGUCUGACACUUUUGAUGCUUUAAAAAGUGUUUGUCAGGACUGCAAUAUGGACUGUCAGUAUUUAUUACUUUACAGAAAGCUUCUUACUCCAAACACCAAAAGCAUCUAAUCAUUUAAUUGGUGCAUUUUCUGUGCAUCCUGUAGUUCAUGUUCAUAGGCAAAAAAUGUUCAUAGUCAGCUGUUUUUUUUUUUUUCCAAUUAAUCCUGUUGCACUGUUGCUGGGUGGAUUGUCGUACACCAGCCAAUAAUUUUAACUGUAUAGUACCGUUUUCAAAAAACAUUCUUGAAUGUGAAAAUGUUGUGUAUAGUUUUGCAGUACCUAGUUUUGUUGUAAGUAAUACAAAAUAAAAACACAGGAAUUUUU